AUGCCACUCACGGUCGCGGGGAAACACCGCCGAGUUCGAUUUCCGUCCACCAACCAACCCGCACAGAUACCGCGCGAACAGAAGCGCCCGAGGACGCGUCCCGCGAGCUCACAUCCGGCCGGGAAAAUGACCAGCCAAGAGGCACCCAGGCCGGGGAUCCCAGCCCUGUUCACGCAGCCGCCGCCCAUCCGCGACCCGCUCGUGACGGAAUCCGUCGAUCUGCAGGACGCGACUAUCGAGAAGUGCCUGCCAUUUCUCAAGGGCCUCCAUAGUAGUCAAAAAGGCCCCUUCAAUGUAUGCGGAGUGCCUGCGCUCCAGCGUGACGAUCAUGUAGGCUAUCUCUAUGACUCCCUGGAAGAUUACCCCGCCGGCUUUGUCGCCAUGGAUGCCAGCCGGCCGUGGAUGGUCUACUGGGCCCUGACAGGGCUGUCCCUUUUGGGAGAAGAUGUUACGAGUGUUCGUCAGCGCGUCAUCAAAACACUGCAGCCCAUGCAGAACCCCGCUGGCGGCUUUGGUGGCGGACAUGGCCAAACAUCCCACCUUGCGGGAAGCUAUGCGGCCGUUCUCUCGCUAGCCAUGGUUGGGGGCGAAGAAGCCUAUGCGUUGGUGGAUCGACAGUCAAUGUGGCGAUGGUUGGGCCGGUUGAAACAGGCGGACGGAGGCUUUCGCGUUUGUGAAGGCGGGGAAGAGGACGUGCGCGGUGCAUAUUGCGCCAUGACUAUCAUCUCGCUUCUGGACUUGCCCCUGGCCCUGCCGCCCGACGCGGUAGGUCGAUCUACAGGAAUGGAAAAUUUUACGGACGAGCUUCCUAAUUAUUUGGCGAGAUGUCAAACCUUUGAGGGGGGUAUUUCCGGUAGUCCCGGUGUAGAGGCGCAUGGAGCAUAUGCUUUCUGCGCGCUGGCUUGUCUGUCCAUUAUAGGCCCGCCGGAGGAAACAAUUGCCAGAUGUAUGGACCUGCCCCUGCUUCUAUCAUGGCUAUCUGCUCGGCAGAAUGCCCCGGAGGGUGGAUUCUCCGGAAGAACAAACAAGCUGGUUGAUGGAUGCUACAGUCACUGGGUGGGCGGGUGUUGGCCACUGCUGCAGUCCGCAAUCGAUGGGAAGCCACAGUCUGCCGGCCCUCCCCCGCAAGCCGUGGGCAGUCUGUUUAGCCGUGAAGGACUAGACCGAUAUAUCCUCGGAUGCUGCCAGUCUCCGCAUGGUGGCCUUCGUGACAAACCGGGAAAGAGUCCGGAUUCAUACCACACAUGUUACGUUCUGGCGGGCUUGAGCGAAACACAGCACCAUCACUAUCGCACGGACAUUAGUGCCUCGUCCAGUGAGGUAUUUGCCUCUGCCUUUUCCUGGAAGUCCUCGCCCAUCCGUGAGGACAAUGUAUUUGAAAAGAACGACCGACUAACGGCCCUCCACCCGCUUUAUGUCAUCCCGCACCAGGCCGCUGAGAGGAUGCGGCUCUGGUACGAAUCCGAACCUUUCUGA